AUGACCGAUAAGGCUGAAAAGGCUAGUGGUAGCUCUUAUUUGUAUGAUGUUGAGAAGGCAGAUGUAAAUGGUGUAAUAGCCAGCUCCACAGAUAAGUCCGUGGAGCAGUUGGUUACGGUGGUGCCUGUGAUGGACUCGCCUGUGAUGGGGUCGCUAGCGAAACCGGUAUUAUUCUGCAUGGUGAUUGCAUUUGGUGGGUUUAUUUUGGGAUGGGAUAUUGGUACGAUUGGGGGGCUUAUGAAUAUGCCUUCUUUUAAGAAUCACUUUGGUACUAGAUAUAAUGCGUCUACGGGGUUGAAUGAGUUUCCAAAUUUAUUGCUCGGGUUGAUAAUUGGUAUUUUUAAUGUUGCAUGUGCGUUGGGUGGGCUGACUUUAGCUAAGGUUGGUGACUUUAAGGGUCGUAAAGUUGGUAUUGCUGUAUCUUUGCUGGUAUAUGUUUUUGGUGUUGUGAUUGAGUUGGCUAAGCCAACGCAUUGGGGCCAGUUCUUCAUUGGUAGGAUUUUCACUGGGGUCGGUGUUGGUUCUUUGACAGUUUUGGUUCCUAUGUACGUUGCGGAAAUAUCGCCUGUACGGAUCCGUGGAUCAAUGGUUGUGCUGUUCCAGUUGAAUAUAACUGUUGGUGUUUUGGUAGGGAACUUUGUUAACUACGGUUGCAAGAAGGGCUUUGGUGAUAUACUGUCGAAGAAGCAUUGGCAGGUUCCUAUUGCAUUGGGGCCUAUGUGGGCGGCGGUUGUGUUAUUGGGUUUGGUGAUGAUUCCUGAGUCUUCGCAUUAUCUAGCUUCUAAAGAUAAAAUAAAGGAGGCGGAGAGGUCGUUUGCUGUUAUGAAUGCCUUGGAGGUUGAUGAUCCAAUCGUUUUUUCGGAGGUUGCUGCGAUGGCUGCCAAGACGAAGGAACUGAAAGCGAAUGGUGAGGAAGGCUUUUGGGAAUUUAUUGCGGGAAAGCCCAGGCUUGGGUGGCGUCUUCUUCUGGGUAUGGUAACAAUGUCAUUACAACAACUAUCUGGUGUUAACUACUUUUUCUACUAUGGUACUUCCUUAUUCAACUCAGUGGGUUUAGAUGAUUCUUAUGUAACUGCGAUUAUCAUAUCGGCAGUGAACCUUGUGGCUACCUUCUUAGGUAUCUACAUUGUGGAAAGAUUAGGUCGGAAGGCUUGCGCUAUUAUUGGUGCUGCCGGUAUGUGCUUCUCGAUGCUGCUCUAUGCAUGCCUUGGGUCUUUUAUUUUGGACAACUCAAACGGCAAUAAUAAGCCUACAGGUGCAGCAAUGAUUGCUUUUACAUGUAUAUAUAUGAUCUUUUUUGCAUCCACAUCAGGUCCUGUUGCCUUUGUUAUCAUUUCCGAAUUAUACCCACUCAGAACCAGAAAUACUUCGAUGGCUAUCUGCAAUUCGAUGAACUGUCUUUCGAAUUUCACUAUCACUCUUCUAACGCCAACUAUAGUUAGCGCAAUUGGAUACAAAUUUGGCUUUGUGUUUGUGUUCUUCUUAGUGUUCAGUGUUUUCUUCUUUUACAAAUAUCUGCCAGAAACGAAGGGUUUAACAGUAUCUGAGGUUGAUGAGCUUUAUACAAGAAAGAAAGAAAUUGAUGAAUAUUAA